GGGUGCUUAAACUACCAGCAGAGCUUCCCUGGCAGCUGAGUACAGCACGAAAGAGGGACGCAGCAGAAUCGGAACUAGCAUUACCAUGGAAACCAAGAGAACUCUUCUGGCAAUCAUGGCUCUCUGCCUGUUGUGCGCUGCAGUAACUGAAAGUAUGUCGCUAACAAGGAUUCAAGAACUAAGGUGUCUGUGCAUAAAGACAGAAAGCAAGCCCAUCCAUCCCAAGCACAUAAAGAAUAUUGAGGUGAUCCCUAAUGGGCCACAUUGCAAAAAUGUGGAAGUCAUUGUAACUUUGACAAAUAUGGAAGAAGUGUGCUUGGAACCAUCAGCCCCAUGGGUUAAGAAAAUCAUUGACAAAAUUCUAGCUAGCUCCAAGGUCCCAGAACCUACUCCUGUUGCUUAAUCAGAUGCUUAUUUGGGAAGUUAAUCAAUGUGUUCCAGAGCCCAGAACAUUCUUUCUGUUAUAUAAUGUGAACAGCCUCCUAUCAAUGGUAUCUUAUAUGUAAGGAAAACCUGUUAACACCUGUUAAAUCACUAGAAGGAAACCACCAUCUUAAAUCUCCUGUGCAUUAAAAUUCCCAAAACUUAGAUUAUUCUCUAGAGCAUUUCUAAGGUUUGAUAAAUGACUGGCAUGGACAGAGGGCUUAAUAAUAAUCACUGGAUUGCAACUUUCAGGCCUUGCACACAGAAAUGCUUUGAAACCAAUCAGUAUUAAAUCUAGUUUCAUGGGAAUUUUUUUAUAUUGUGAGUUCUAAAGGAAUAUUUUUUUCUAAUAUAUAUUGAAAUGAAUCCCAAGAAUAUAAGUUAUUUUGCAUAUUUAUGUAUUUAUUUGUAAUAUUUGUUUAAAUGUAUUUUUCACAAUAUGUAUUUUUGAUUGUGUGACCUUUUAUUAAAUACAUUUUAUUAUUACCUAUUA